UUUAAGCCCACAGUUCGAAGUGAAGCGUUUCCAACAUAAUCGAAUUUUGAACAUGAUUGUGCUGAUUGUCUUCGGCAGUGUACUGCUAUUGAUUGUUGGUGCAUUCUUUUCGCAACCGGAACCCACUUAUAACUCGCCACCCGCACCAACCGUCCAAAAAGUACGAUCAACUCCUGCGUCGUCAACCCCGUCAAUAAAUCAGAAAAGGUUGACUCCAGCACUCUCUGUUACAUCGAAACCAACAAACCCACUGAAAAAUCCGUUCCAAGUGAUGAAUCACAGCGUGCACAUCAUAACUACCGCCUCGAAAUAUACUGAACUCAUCCGUCAGAUGAGUUAUGCUUGCAGAAGCUAUCCUGUAAUCGGUUUGGACUGCGAAUGGGUCACAAUUUACGGCCAACGGCAAAAAGUGGCCCUAUUACAAUUGGCUUUCAAAUAUGGAAUAUGUCUUCUGAUAAGGCUCUUUCAAAUGGAUUCAUUUCCAACCGAGCUGCGGGAACUCCUGGCCAAUCCGCAGAUUUUCAAAGUGGGCAUUGAAGUUUACUACGACGGCCAGAAACUCCUACAAGACUACGGCAUGGAGGUGAAAGGAACGGUUGACUUACGCCAUCUGGCAAAACGACUCCGAACUCCCGGAGCGUUUGGUUUAGCGGGACUUGCCCAAACAGUGCUGGGCAUUCAGCUCGACAAAGACAAGCGAAUUUCUAUAUCGGAUUGGCAGAGUUUCGAAUUGUCUCCGGUUCAAAGGGAAUACGCUGCCAAAGAUGCGAUUGUGGCGCUGGACCUGUUCGAACGCUUCAGUCAGGAUAUCCCAAUCAGUGAAAUGUACCAAUACGUAGAUAGACCCUUCAAAACCAGAUUCAAUCGAUAAUGUACAACAAUCCUGAAGGCGAUUGCGAUAACAAAAAACCUUAAAGAAUUAAGUGAGUUAUUUAUCUCUUCCGAUUAUUACACUAGAAGCUCAAUUUACGAACAAGAUCAGGGGUUCGUAAAUUGAAUUUAUUCGAAAAUUAAAUUGGUUUGAAAACGAGGUUUUGCCUUUUGAAA